AUGGCCGACGAUCACACCCCCAACCUGACAAUCUACCAAGACGCACACCUAACCGUCGACCUCACCCUCCGCCCCACCACCCCAGGCCACGCCGUCGCAACCCUCACCACGAACCAAACCAACCUGUUCAACCUCCCCCUACCAAGUUUCGUUGAAACCCUCCAAACGCUCCGCACGAUCGCCUCCCACCUCCGCAAGACACACAAUGUCCACCGCUGCGCGCUGAUCACGACGGGGGGGACGACCCUCUCCCUCCUGCCGCUCCACGGCCUCACCCCGCAAUGGAGCCCAGUCAUGCACCCCACCCAGGAAUACCACCCGCAGUACCCGGGGUACAUCACGUCGAGAGACGCGCCGCAGCUGCCGACGCCGCAGCUCAACACCAUCCGCAGCUCCAUCCUCUUCGCCGCCUCCCAGUCCCCGACGACCUACCACGCCGACCACACCUUCCACGGCCCGGACCCGGGCGACGCCAACCUCUUCGCGCGCCUCGUGCGCGGGGAGCUCUCGCCGCAGUGGCGCGUCUGGGAGGACGCGCGCCACGUUGCCUUCCUGACGCCGUACCCCAACACCCCGGGGUUCACGGUGGUGGUGCCGCGCGCGCACCUGCCGAGCGACAUCUUCUCGCUGGCGCCGGCGGAGUAUGCCGCGCUGGUGGAGGCGGCGCACACGGUGGCGAGGCUGCUGAUCCGGGCGUUUGGCAUCGAGCGCUGCGGGAUGAUCUUCGAGGGGUUCGAGAUCGACUACGCCCAUGUCAAGCUGGUGCCCAUCCGUGGCGGCGGGGCUGAUGACUACGAUGAUGCCGACUUCGACCGCUACGGCAUCAGUGAGCCCUUCCAGGAGACCUACCAGGGGUAUGUCUCCUCCUUGCCGGGGCCGCGAGUGGCAGAUGUCGAGGAGGUGGUGAGGAGGGCGGCGGAGGUGAGGGCGUCGGUCGGUUCGGAUUCUUAGCUUUGCGCUGGGGUGGGACGGGGACCGGUCAUCUAGACCUUGAUUACUUUCAAAAGAUGUUAUAAUACUAUGAACCAAUCUUUCUGUACGUUUGCCUCCGUCGUGCUUUCUCGCUAUGAACAUUUUCGCCUCUCCUCCCUCUCUCAGAGAGACUGCUAUGGCAGGGGCAGACAGCGAUUGAGGGUUCAAGACGCGGGGACUGGAAGAGCUCCAGCCCAAAAUGUGUAUGCAGCAGCUCAUAUGCGAAGCCGUGAGUCGCCUAGAACAGAACAACGCUUCCUCUGCUUGCAGGGACACUGGACUGGCCAAUAAUCUAUGAGCUUGAUAUAAGCCUG